AAUGUUGGUGAUGUUCAGCGUAUGAAAGAAAACAUACCGCUAAUCUUGUGUGCACUAGAAAAGGUGUUUCCGCCUUCGUUUUUCGAUGUUAUGGAGCAUUUGGCUAUACACUUACCAGAUGAAGCAAGACUUGGUGGUCCAGUGCAAUUUCGAUGGAUGUAUCCGUUUGAAAGAUUGUUUUUUCAUCUGAAAAGAAAGGUGAAAAACAAGAACAAACCGGAAGGGGCAAUCGUGAAGCAGUAUGUUAACGAAGAAAUUACGUACUUCACAAAUUUCUAUUUUGAGCCACAUAUCAAGACAAAAGCCAAGAGUUCUUCUCGGUAUGGAGAUGAAGAUGAGAUGAUGUUUCAAUUUAAUCAAGUUGAUGGUUGUGAUAUCCCGGCUAUAUUCAACCAAAUAGGGAGAUUGAGUGGAAAAUCGAAAGAAAGAUGGUUAUCCGUCGAAGAAUGGCGUCAUGCUCACACAUAUGUGUUGUUGAAUUGUGAUGAAAUUCGACCAAUAGAAAGAGUAUUUGACGAGGAGACAAAGAGACUUAAUCCUAAUAUGAGUGAUGAAGAAUGUAUAGAUCUCAAAGAAUCAUCAUUUGCGGCAUGGUUACAAAAUUAUGUAUCUCAUUCUUCGGAGAAUUUUCCUAUUUGGAUACAAGAUUUGAUCCGGGGUCCAUCAAGAAUGGUGAAAUUUUGGCCAAUUAUGUUCACAAGAGGAUACACUUUCCAUACUUAUGCUCAUGAUUCAGAUCGAAAGACUUCCAACUAUGGGAUAUGUGUUAAAGGAGCAAAUUGUUGUGAUGUGGCUGAUGAACCAGACUUUUAUGGUAUCCUCCAAGACAUCAUGGUGUUAGAAUACCACGGUUAUAUUGGUUUGAAGAUGGUUAUAUUUAACUGUGAUUGGUUUGAUCCGACCAUUGGAAGGGGUAUGAGAAGAAAUGGAUCGGGCGGUUUUGAUAUCAACUUAUCCAAGAAGUAUUCAAAAUACGAUCCGUUUAUCCUAUCUUCUCAAGCAGAUCAACUGUAA